AUGGCAGAGUGGAGAAUGGCCAGCCUUCUUUUCCUCCUUUGGCUUUUCUCCCUCACUCAUGGAUCCAUGUACCUCUCCAGCCAGCGGUCAAGGUCUCGUCUGCAGAGAGACCGACGCAAUGUUCGGCCCAAUGUCAUCUUAAUCCUCACUGAUGACCAGGACAUUGAGUUAGGCUCUAUGCAGGCAAUGAAUAAAACCAGACAUAUCAUGAUGCAGGGAGGUACCCACUUCUCCAAUGCGUUUGCGACCACUCCGAUGUGUUGUCCGUCACGAUCCUCCAUUUUGACAGGGAAAUAUGUGCACAACCACCACACCUACACAAACAACGAGAACUGUUCCUCUCCGUCAUGGCAGGCUCACCAUGAACCUCACACCUUUGCCGUGCAUCUCAAUAAUUCAGGCUACAGGACCGCCUUCUUUGGGAAGUAUCUUAAUGAGUAUAAUGGUUCUUACGUGCCAUCUGGAUGGAGGGAAUGGGUAGCGCUGGUGAAAAACUCACGUUUUUAUAACUACACCCUGUGCAGGAACGGAGUCCGUGAGAAGCAUGGAACAGAAUAUCCCAAGGAUUAUCUUACUGACAUCAUCACUAAUGACAGCAUCAGUUACUUUCGCAUGUCAAAACGAAUGUACCCUCAUCGGCCGGUGAUGAUGGUGUUGAGUCACGCUGCCCCUCACGGUCCAGAGGAUGCAGCACCACAGUACAGCAGUGCCUUUCCCAAUGCCUCACAGCAUAUAACUCCCAGUUACAAUUAUGCUCCUAACCCAGACAAGCACUGGAUCCUGCGGUAUACAGGUCCAAUGAAGCCUGUGCACAUGCAGUUCACCAAUAUGCUGCAGAGGAGGAGGCUGCAGACCCUGCUGUCAGUGGAUGACAGCGUGGAAAAGGUGUAUAACAUGCUAGUGGAGACAGGGGAGCUAGACAACACGUACCUCAUCUACAUGUCUGACCACGGCUAUCACAUUGGCCAGUUUGGACUGGUUAAAGGCAAGUCCAUGCCUUAUGAGUUUGACAUCCGAGUGCCCUUCUACAUACGUGGCCCCAACGUGGAAGCAGGUGCCAUUAACUCGCACAUAGUACUAAACAUUGACUUAGCUCCGACUCUACUCGAUAUGGCUGGAGUGGACAUCCCUGCUGAUAUGGACGGCAAAUCCAUCCUCAAACUGCUCGACACAGACAGACCAGUCAACAGGUUUCAGUUUAGGAAGAAGGGGAGGGUGUGGAGGGACUCUUUUCUCGUCGAGAGAGGGAAGCCACUCCACAAGCUAGUGGAUGGAAAGGAGGUGGCUCAGGAGAACUUUUUACCAAAGCACCAGCGUGUCAGAGAUCUGUGUCAGAGAGCUGAGUAUCAGACAGCCUGUGAGCAGCCAGGACAGAAGUGGCAGUGUAUAGAAGACUCCUCCGGUAUGCUGAGGUUGUUUAAGUGUAAGGGACUGGCAGGUCUCUAUGCUCCCCGUGCGCAGGCCCUGAUGGCCAGCGGCAGUACUCAGCCCUACAGACCUGGCUCCCAUCCAGGCAUGUGUGACUGUGAGCCCACACUACCCGUUAAGAGGAAAAGAUUGCUCGCUAAGAGGAAGCUAAAAUCCGGGAAGAAUGUGUCUCGAAAUCGUCUGGCUCGCUCCGUCCCUCUCCUCCCCGACGCUAACGUGUAUGCUCUAGACCUGGAAGAGGGCUAUCGGCCCAUCGGCCUGAAGAACGGCAGUCGGCCGGUCAGCAGGAAACAGGGGGAUGAUGGAGAAGAGGAAUACAGCGGGAUGGGAGCCACAGCCACACGCAGCAACGAUGACCUCAGCAACAACCUCUCACCACUCACAGCACUCAAAGUUACUUACAGGUGUUCAAUACUGAUGAACGACACUGUAAGUUGUGAUGGGGGGCUGUACAGAUCACUACAGGCGUGGAAAGACCACAAACUGCACAUUGAACAUGAGAUUGAGACACUACAGACUAAAAUAAAGAACCUGAGAGAGGUUAAGGAUCACCUGAAAAAGGCUCGCCCCAAAGAGUGUGACUGCAACCGAAAUUUCUACCAGCACAAGAACAGGGGGAUGUUCAGACCCAAAGCAGGCCGGUCUCACUCACUCAGAUUGUCAUCCAAAGAUAAGAAGCAGUGGUUAAUGAAGGAACAGAAGCGCAGGAAGAAAUUACGUAAACUGCUCAAGCGCCUCCGUAACAAUGACACCUGUAGCAUGCCUGGGCUCACCUGCUUCACACACGACAACCAACACUGGCAGACUGCCCCCUUCUGGACAAUGGGUCCAUUCUGUGCUUGUACCAGUGCCAACAAUAACACUUACUGGUGUCUGAGGACCAUCAACGACACACACAACUACUUGUUUUGUGAGUUUGCUACUGGCUUCUUGGAGUAUUUUGACCUAAACACAGACCCUUACCAGCUUAUAAAUGCAGUAAGCACACUAGACCGCAACACUCUCAACAACAUGCACCUGCAGCUCAUGAAACUUCGCAGCUGCAAAGGUCAUAAAGAAUGUAACCAGGAUACAGGAGGCAAAGAACGAAACUAUUUCAGUGAAUACAGGCCCCUUCAUCGUCGAAAGAGGCCAAAAGUGAAGAAACCAUCCUCCAAAUCGAUGGGGCAGAUUUGGGAAGGAUGGGUGGGCUAA